AUGAUACAGUAUAAUAAGGGGUCACAUAAAGUAUAUACCAAAGUGACGAAGUAUCACGUUAAUUACGAGCCGAAGUAUCACGUUAAUUACGAGCCGAAGUAUCACGUUAAUUACGAGCCGAAGUAUCAUCACGUUAUUUACGACCCGAAGUAUCACGUUAAUUACGAGCCGAAGUAUCACGUUAUUUACGACCCAAAGUAUCACGUUAAUUACGAGCCGAAGUAUCACGUUACUUACGACCCGAAGUAUCACGUUAAUUACGAGCCGAAGUAUCACGUUAUUUACGACCCGAAGUAUCACGUUAAUUACGAGCCGAAGUAUCACGUUACUUACGACCCGAAGUAUCACGUUAAUUACGAGCCGAAGUAUCACGUUAUUUACGACCCGAAGUAUCACGUUAAUUACGAGCCGAAGUAUCACGUUAUUUACGACCCGAAGCAUCACCGGCGUUAA